UAUAAAAGCACGAUUGACGCAGUAUUAAAAGAAAUUAAGGAAGAGAAACAACGAUACCAACAAACAAAACAGGAUAGCCCUGAUAACAGCCAAAAUAAUAAUAAUAAACCGUCAGGAUUGCCAAUUUGGGCUAUUGACGAUGCCAAUAUCAAUGAGGACACUAAAUACCGCUAUCGUUAUUUAGAUUUGCGCCGUCCCCGCAGCAAAAAAUUUCUGCUUAUUAAGGAUAAAUUAUGCCAUGAAAUAAGAAAUUUUCUUCACAAGCGAGGAUUUGUUGACAUUGAAACGCCCAUCCUAGCCCAAAGUUCCCCCGAAGGGGCUCGCUGUUUUGUGGUACCCUCUAAUCUCCCCAAUCGUUAUUAUACCUUGCCUCAAUCCCCCCAAAUUUUCAAACAAUUGUUAAUGAUGAGCGGUUUUGACAAGCAUUAUCAAAUUGAUAAAAGUUUUCGCAAUGAGGACGCCCGAAGUAAUCGCCAAAUUGAAUUUUCUCAAUUAGAUUUAGAGUUAAGUUUUGCCUCCGAACAAGCAAUCAAAAAGUUGGUGGAAAAAUUACUUCAAACCAUCCUAAAAAAAGUUUUUGGUUAUCAAAUAACCGCCCCCUUUCCGACUUUAACCUAUCAGCAAUAUAAUCAAGAAGUGAAAAAAUAUGAAUCUUUUAGACACCCUUUCACCAUUCCGAAAAAAAAAUAUAUCGAACCCUUAUUAAAUGAUAAAAUUAAGCCUGAAAAAGUAAUUGGAGAAGCAUUUGAUUUAAUUUGCAAUGGCGAGGAAUUAUUAAGCGGUAGUAUCCGUAUUUAUCAACGAGAUUUACAAGAAAAAGUAUUACAAAUAUCAGGUUAUAAGCAGGAAGAAAGAGAAAAAAAUUUCGGUUAUUUUUUGCGAGCAUUAGAAUUUGCGGCUCCCCCCCAUGGCGGAAUUGGUUUAGGAAUUGACCGUUUGUUAGCG